UUCGAAUAAGGUUUUCAUUGCUUUCAAGUUUCAACUAAUGCUUUGCGUCCUGCAAGUACAGGGAGAUCUCCAUAAGCUUAGACAAUGAAGCCAGGAACGUCUUCUUUGAAUCCGUAUGCAGUAUCUUACGUACCUCUCUCCAAACGAGGGGAGGAAAACAAAGCAUUUGAGAUAAUUGCUGAACGUACGGAGAGGGGUAAUGGAACUGCCUGGUCUGGAUCUCCAUCUGAGAACCAACAAGUUACUGAACAGACCCAGAUCCGAGGAGAAGCUUCUCUUGCCUUCAACAUCCAUGGCAUUGAAGAACUACUCAAUUCUGAGGAUGGAACACAGAAGGGCCAAUCAGUUUAUGGUUCUCAUGAUUCAUGGUCACAGAAUCCAAGUGGUAUGACAGAUAUACAGAGAAUUCAUGAAGAGUCUGAGAUGCAUCUGGCAUAUCUCGGCGUCAUUUUUCCUGAUAUAUCAGAUCAGUCACUUGCUGAUGUGUACUCCGUAAACGAGGGUGACCUAGAAGCAUCAGUUGAUAUGUUGCAUCAACUUGAGGUCUACCCUGAUCUUCCAGACUCCUUGGAUAUUGGUGAUGUGUCAGAGUUUGAGUGUCCAGCUGAAGGCACAUCCAUGAGACCAAAUCAAACCGCUUCUGGUGAAGCCAGUGGGUCUUCGUCAUGUUCAUUGAAGGCCUCUUGACUUGCACAGUAAAAACCUGCAGUGCAAGAAAGUUGGGAAAAGUGGCUUGAUGUCUGCUUUUUUGGAUUUUCUGGUGAGAAGUAAGAAAUUGGGGGAAGGGAAAAUUCUUUCCUCUGUUGAACUGAUAGAUAUCGACCAUGGUUGGUACAUGUAAUCUUUAGUUUCUGUCCAUUCUCUCUUUUCUCUCUGUCAUCAUGAGUUUUGUUUCAUGGGAAAUCAGCUCAUCAUCCCCUGUGCAGUUUUUCUUUUGCAAAUUACUCUCAUUUGAAAUGAAAGCAAGUUUCUUCUCGUCUUA